AAUCGCAAGCUCCGACGACAUUUCACGAUCCAGACGCCAAUUGCCCAUCGACGACAGCCUCAUUCGCCCAUCACAGACCCCCAAUUGCCGUCACAAUGGCCGGAGACUCGACACCAAGGGAAGCGACCCGCGAGGAAAUGCGGGAUGCGAAGCUUCCCCUCGCCUACCGCGACAGCUGCGCCCACCUCCUCAUCCCCCUCAACCGCUGCCGAGUCGACUCCUGGUACCUCCCGUGGAAGUGCAAUGACGAGCGUCAUAGCUACGAGAAGUGCCAGUACGACGAGUUCAAGAAGCGCGUCGCCAAGAUGAACGAGCUCCGCGCCGAGAAGGGUACGAGAAGCAACUAAGGGAGGCGAGAAAGCGUGCGUGGGAAGGCGACGAAACGAGCCCGGAGGCGGCGCGCGUCUGUGUACAUAAACCUGGUAUCCGAGGUCCCGGGCAAAAGAAAAAGGGCAAACGAGGGUUGGUCUUGCCGCGUGGGCCAUAGAGAUCGAGAGCCGAAUUCACGUCUUUUUGCG